AUGCCUCCUUACACAUUAGACAUCACUUUUCUUGGCCCAAUCGAAGGAUGGCCCAGUCCAAAGAAAUUCGACCUGCAGACCUUUAUCACUUCUUCAGUCAACCGAUAUGCCGCCUGGCUUCAUAAAGAAUAUGAUAUUGAGUUCUGUUCCGCGGUGAUUCGAAACAAUUCUAGUGGCUGUAUUCAUGGCGGCGAUCGUAACACUAGCGAUUCUCGAGAUCAUAUCACCGUGAAUUUUAAGAACUCAUGGCUGAACGAGAGAGGAUGCCACCGGCCAGCACAUAUCGUGGUGGAUACUGAUAAUCAACAAGUGCUCUAUGAUGCUUCGACGCUGUUUGGAGUACCUCAGGAUUAA